AAAUAGAUCUGUUGGCAUUUGUUUUUGCGUCCGGAAGAUCCACCUCAGUUGUACGAAAGACCAUACUAUGAUUAUYACAUUACCUUCGCUUCUGUUGGUGGUAGCCCACUUUGUCGUCUUCGUUUCGGCCUUCUUGAACGUUCCCGAAAGAAUGAUACCGAUUCAACAACACCGAAGAGAAACCAUCAACCAACAAGUYUCCAUUUCCGACAAGACGAUUAUAACAGGCGAUAAKGAUCUUAUUCGUAGGAGUAGAACUUAUGAGCUAAAGGCUGGACUGUUUGGCAACCACGACCCGGUAAAAAGUCCCAACAGUACACAUAUAUCUCCCACUUCCGUGAGUGUCGUCAUAWUACCUUGACAGGUCAUGCCCACUCUAAUGCCCACUCUUAGUUCGUUAAGAAUAGAGAAACAUUUUCUCGCAACRCAGAAAUCUCACUUCGAUUUCAUUGCUUCUUCCCUUUAUGUUACUUUCGAUACUAACGUGAUCACAAAGGAUUGGCAAAUCUACGUGGACCAAUCAAAGGCCUCCCUCGAUCGCGGCGGGGUCGCUACCUUUGACGCUUUUUUUAGUUUGUGCGAUCAGUACGGAGGAGGGGGCCAAAACAACAACACAGAUGCCAUUGAGGUUCAGGUCAUUCCAGCAAUCUUGCCGAAACCGGUCGGAGGGGGAAAGGCACCGUGGAUCCGGUGCAUCUGGAACACAAACAAGAAAGACAUCGUUCGGCCGUCACCYAACCUGGAUGUGAGCAACGUUGAUUCGGUUGAUAAGGUAUACCGAGUAUUGACCAAACAUCUUGGAGUAGAGGUGCGUGGGUGUUUUGGUUUGUAUACAGCAUGGCACAACUCGUUUGAGCAAUUCCAAUCUAUCCCAAAACAUCACUCUCACAUCCCACUUCGUUUCUGAAUUGCAUACUUGUACGUAGAAUAUCAGCCAGGAGGCAUGCGAAUGCCUCAGGUGGAAAUACAAGGGGAAUGCAUUUCUCGAAUCCGGGGAAAUCAACCCGGCAAUCAAUGCCUACAACGAAGCCUUGUCCAUCUGCGAGGAAUACAAUCUCGACGACCAAAAAAGCGACAAGAGCGCUAUUAUGCUGCAACAGCAAGAGGGAAKCAUUCUCCUACUUCGUGCCUCGGCCUUUCUAAAACAGGCCCAAUCGCACAAGGAAAUAUUGCAAGCAGAAUUCGUCGACGAUGAGGAAACGAAAUCACGGAGUUCCCAAGUAUUACAGGCUCUCUUCUCGGAUACCUUGGCACCACCCGCUUUAUCUACGUUAUCGGAUCCUCGUCUACAAUCAAAUAAAGAAGAAACUUCAUCUGGACUAAGUGUUGCAAGUAAUGAUGUCGAUGACGACCAAAAGAAAAGAACCAACAGUAUGGUCACGGAGGGGGAGAAAGAUGCAGCAAAGACUAGGACUGAGAASGACGAUGAACCACUGCCACCGUCAGUUGACGUCCACAACAGCAGAGAUGAAUACGUCGACACUGAUCCACAGACAGCCAGUCGUCUUGCGAUGCUCCGCAAACUCCAGAGAGACGGGAUCUUUGAGGARGCUCAGCUACGAAAGCUCCAAUACCGACACGGGCUCUAUCAGAUAUCCUUGCUGCAGGCGGCACGGGAUGCUCUCAGGGCGACCGAGGUCCUCCCGGACUACUCAAAAGCCUGGUUACGAGCGGGAGAACUCCUGAGCGACCUCUGGAAGAUCAAAGAGAGUAGACAAUACUAUGAAAAGGCCCUUUCGAUCGACGGUUUUCUGGAGGAAUCCAUCGAACCUAUCCUUCAGGAGCUCGAGGCUCGCCAAGAAUUGCUCGAUCGGGCUUUUGCCAGCGAAGAAUUUCCGGAAGAUACUCUCCAGCUGGCGUUGGACAUCGCUGGAUGAAUAUGUCUGAUGAACUUGGAUGUCAUGGUUCGUUACGAUUGGUAAAAGAGUUUGAAAGUGAAACCCCAUCGUUCCUUUCUUGUCUAGUCAUAAUGUAAAGAUCUUGCAUUUGAAGGCCCGAACGUCGCGAAGGAUCCGUAAUAAGAUUUUGUGCAACCG